UGUCAUUUAUUUGAUUAUCUAACCCAUAUUUGAUUACGGACAAUCUGAAAAAAUACAAUAAAACAAUGCAGUACAAGUUUACUUACCUCAAAUACCUCAUGUAGUAUGGUAAAAUGUUCUGACAGGUAUUUUAUAUGUAGCACAUGCGAUAUCAUUUAAAUAUAUUUUCGGUGCAGAUUGCAUAUUUUUUUUCCUUUUUUAAAUAAGAAGAAUAUAAAUAAGAAGUACCGAAAUAUGUUUAGUUCCUCGCCGAGAGAGCAGUUUCAUUCAUCCAAAUUUAUCGGAAUGAGCUCGAUAUGCGGGAAUCGUCACAUGAAAUUAGAAAAAACAUUAUACUUUUUUCUAGUAGCAUCUCUUUUGAUGACUUUGACAAUACCAGCUGUCUUUGGCCACAACUACCGAAAAAAAAUAGAUACAAUACAAACCAGGUUUGUACCCUUAAAUUCUCCAAGAUUUGAGCAGGAGGCAAAUGAAGAAGCUAUAUGUACAACACCCGGUUGUGUGAGAACAGCUGAAGAAAUCAUACAAAUCUUAGACGAGAAAGUUAAUCCCUGUGAUAAUUUCUACAAAUUUGCAUGCGGUGGUUGGAUAAACAAACAUUCUAUUCCCGAUGAUAAAGCCAUGCUGUCAGUGUUUCAACAAGUCGAAGAUGUAUUAAAUCUCCAGCUUAAAGGUUUGCUACAAAAACCAUCAGAUGAAUCUGAGCCAAAAUCGAUAAAAAUGGUGAAAGAUAUGUACAAUUCAUGCCUGGAUUUAGAUAUCCUUGAGAAAUCUGGCAGCAAACCUUUACAGGAAGUACUACAAAAAUUGGGUGGGUGGCCAGUGGUGGAGGGGGACAAGUGGGAUGGAUCAAAUUUCGAUUGGAUGGAUACUCUAUUUGCAUUCCGGAAACAUGGUUACGAUUUUAGCAUUCUCAUAGAAUUGUCAGUUACAAUAGACCUUAAGAACAACGCAGUACACACAAUAUAUGUAAUUAUUUUACCUCAUUAUUUCGUUCUUCUUAUGAAAUUAAGCACAAAAACAACAAAUAAAUUAUGCUAUUCCUUGCCAAGAGAGGAAAGACGAGAUUAUGAUACUAUGUACCACAAAUAUACUAUUUCACAAUUACGAGAAUUGGUUCCACAGAUUGAUUGGCUCAAAUAUUUGAAUGGACUUCUGAAUGAUCCUAUUACUGAUACUGAAACCUUGAUUGUAAUGGUUCCAAACUUUCUAAAGCAAUUUGGAGAGCUCAUUGCUAAAACAGAUAAAAGAAUCGUUGCAAACUAUAUGAUGUGGAGAGUUGUUGCAGAUUCCGCAGGAAUGUUGUCCAAAGAUUGGAAAGCUCUGGUACAAGAAUACGUUUUAGCAAUCACAGGGGAACGUGAAGAAAAACCCCGGUGGGAACAAUGCGUGAACUCCUUAAGUGAAAAUCUUGAAAUAGCUUUAAGUUCAUAUUACAUAAAGCAUUAUUUCAAAGGCGACAGCAAACAAAAGGCUUCGGAGAUGGUGAAAUAUAUUAGCAAUGCAUUUUUAGAGAUUCUCAAACAAAUUGAUUGGAUGGAUGAAGAAACCAGGAGACAAGCUAUAGAGAAGGCAAAUGCUAUCGCUUCUUACGUCGGGUAUCCUCAAGAAUUAUUGGAUGAUUCCCUGGUAUCUCAACUUUAUGAGAAUUUGACAAUUACAAGCGAAAAUUAUUUCAUGAACAAUUUGAACAUUAGAAAGUGGACCACUAAUUAUUAUUUUUCUAAAUUGAGAAAGCCAAAUAUAAAGGGAGACUGGAAGGAUCAUGCAGGCGCAGCGGUAGUCAACGCAUUUUAUAACCCCAUAGAAAAUAGCAUAGAAUUCCCUGCAGGAAUAUUGCAAAAUGUGUUUUUCAGUAAUGAUAGACCAAACUACAUGAAUUAUGGAGGAAUCGGGUUUGCUAUUGGACAUGAAAUAACACAUGGUUUUGAUGAUAUGGGUAAGCAGUUUGACAAAGACGGAAACAACAGAAACUGGUGGGAUCAGAAAACUGAUGAUAACUUUAAAGAAAAGGCCAAAUGCAUCAUUCAUCAAUAUGGAAAUUACACUACCGAAAUCGGUCUGAAGGUAAAUGGAAUCAACACUCAAGGUGAGAACAUUGCAGACAAUGGAGGAAUAAAGGAAGCUUAUCGGGGUUAUCAUUCUUGGGUAAAAGAUCACGGCUCUGAAGGAAGAUUACCAGGAUUAAGAUAUACACCUAGCCAACUUUUCUUUAUUAGUGCAGCUAAUGCAUGGUGCUCAAAAUAUAGACCAGAACAAUUGAAACUGAUGGUAUUAGUUGAUCCUCAUAGUCCAGGUGAAUUUAGAGUGAUAGGUCCUAUGUCCAACUUAAAAGAAUUUUCUACUGCAUACAACUGCCCCCUUGGAUCGAACAUGAAUCCUGAGAAAAAGUGCGAAGUUUGGUAAAAGUUCCAGAAAGAUUGAUGAGUCUUAGGAAUAAUUUAUUUAAUGUGUGAGUGCUUAGAGUGAUGCAUCAAUGCGCGAAGAUUAAAUUGUUGUUUUAUUUAUGUUAUGCAUGUUUCAAUAAAAUUGCAAAAUACCAACUA